AGUUCAUUUCGCGUUGCUGUUCGAAAUCCAAAUCUUACAAUACAAAACAUUAUUAAAAAAAAAAGAAAAAACAAAACCCAGCUUCUUGUAUAUCUGUUGGGUUUUUUAGAAGUCGAUGAGCGAGCUGGGUUUGCAGAGUGGAGUAAAACAAGAAACGACGGCGUUUUAAUGGCGUUAAAGCUCGAGGAACAGCUGAAGGAGGUGGGAUCGAAGCUCCAGACACCUCCUUCUAGUAAAGAUGCGCUUCUUAAGCUCUUAAAGCAAGCUGCUAUAUGCCUUUCUGAGAUGGACCAGUCGCCCUCAGCUGCUAUGUUGGAGUUGAUGCAGCCUUUUCUCGAUGCGAUUGUGAAACCAGAAUAUCUUAAGCAUCAAGAUAGGGAUGUUAAGCUUCUAGUUGCAACUUGUAUUUGUGAAAUAACUCGUAUUACUGCACCUGAAGCUCCGUACAGUGAUGAUAUUCUAAAGGAUAUUUUUCACUUGGUCGUAGGAACUUUUAGCGGGUUAAGAGAUACUGGUGGCCCGUCAUAUGGAAGGAGAGUUGUUAUUUUGGAGACUCUUGCCAAGUAUAGGUCAUGUGUUGUGAUGUUGGAUCUAGAAUGUGAUGAUUUGGUGAAUACAAUGUUCAGUACAUUUUUUGAUGUUGCCAGUGACGAUCACCAAGAAAGUGUAUUGUCAUCAAUGCAAACAAUAAUGGCUGUUCUCAUAGAAGAAAGUGAAGAUGUUCGGGAGGAUCUUUUAUUUGUUAUAUUAUCUGUAUUAGGUCGAAAUAGAACUGACGUUUCUUCAGCUGCAAGAAGACUUGCUAUGAAUGUGAUAAAGCAGUGUGCUGGAAACCUUGAAGCUGGAAUUAAACAGUUCCUUGUAUCAUCAAUAUCUGGAGAUAACCGGUCAGCGAAUAGUCAAAUUGACUAUCAUGAAGUUAUUUAUGAUGUCUACUGCUGUGCUCCUCAGAUCUUAUCAGGAGUCAUUCCUUACCUCACAGGAGAGCUUUUGACAGAUCAACUGGAAAUUCGCUUGAAAGCAGUGGGGUUAGUUGGAGAUCUGUUUGCUCUUCCAGAAUCUCCCAUACUUGAAGCCUUUCAGCCAAUUUUUUCUGAGUUUUUGAAAAGGUUGAGUGAUAGAGGAGUAGAAGUCCGAAUGUCUGUCCUGGAACGCGUCAAAAGCUGUCUGCUGUCAAAUCCAUCUCGAGCUGAGGCUUCUCAAAUUAUCUCUUCCCUCUGUGACCGAUUGUUGGACUAUGAUGAGAAUGUCCGUAAACAAGUUGUUGAUGUGAUCUGUGAUGUGGCAUGUCAUGCCUUGCAUUCCAUCCCUGUUGAAACUAUAAAAUUAGUAGCAGAACGUCUUCGAGACAAAUCUCUACUUGUCAAGAGAUAUACCAUGGAAAGGCUGGCAGAAAUAUUCAGGGUUUAUUGUGUAAAGUCCUCCGAGGGCUCAAUUAGUUAUGGCGAAUAUGAUUGGAUUCCUGGGAAGAUUUUGAGGUGUCUUUAUGACAAAGAUUUCAGAUCAGAUACAAUUGAAUUUGUUCUCUAUGGGUCAAUUUUCCCAACUGAGUUCUCAGUCAAGGAUAGAGUUAAACUUUGGGUCAGAGUGUUCUCUGUAUUUGACAAAGUUGAAGUUAAAGCUCUUGAGAAGAUUCUGGAGCAGAAGCAAAGGUUACAACAAGAGAUGCAGAGAUAUAUAUCCCUUAGGCAGAUGCAUCAGGAUGGAGAUGCUCAUGAGAUCCAAAAGAAAGUACUGAUCUGUUUUCGGAUCAUGUCUCGCUCAUUUGCUGAGCCUGCUAAGGCUGAGGAGAAUUUUCAAAUGCUUGAUCAACUGAAAGAUGUCAAUAUAUGGAAGAUUUUAACUAAUCUCCUUGAUGCAAACACUAAUUUCCAGCAAUUUUGCAGUCUUCGGGAGGAUUUGCUGAAAGUACUUGGCGAGAAACACCGACUCUAUGAUUUUUUGAGCAAUCUAUCUGUGAAGUGCUCGUAUUCACUUUUCAGUAUGGAGCAUGUCAAAGAAUUUUUGGUGGAGGCUGCCACACAUAAAUCUGCAGGAAACACACAAUUUAUCCAAUCUUGCAUGGAUAUUCUGGUGCUUCUUGCACGAUUCAGUCCAAUGCUACUUAAUGGGACUGAAGAAGAGUUGCUGAAUUUUUUGAAAGAUGAUAAUGAGAUAGUAAAAGGAGGAGCUCUGCACAUUUUGGCAAAGGCUGGUGGUACUAUCCGAGAACAGCUUGCAGCGUCAUCCAGUUCAAUUGAUCUUAUUUUGGAGAGGCUCUGCUUAGAAGGUAGUCGAAGACAGGCCAAGUAUGCUGUGCAUGCCCUAGCAGCAAUAACAAAGGACGAUGGGCUAAAGUCCCUUUCUGUUUUAUACAAGAAACUCGUGGUCAUGUUGGACGAGAAGAGACAUUUGCCUGCUGUACUUCAGUCUCUAGGGUGUAUAGCAGAGACUGCAAUGGCAGUUUUUGAAACCAGAGAGGGAGAAAUUGAUGAAUUCAUAAAAAGCAAGAUUCUUAAAGCUAGCAUUAAAGCAGAAGACGACUCGAAAGCAUGCUGGGAUAAUAGAAGUGAACUAUGUUUGUUGAAGAUAUAUGGGAUCAAGACACUGGUUAAAAGUUACUUGCCAGUUAAAGAUGCACAACUUCGUCCUGAUAUUGAUGCUCUUUUGGAGAUGCUUAGGAAUGUACUUCUGUUUGGAGAAAUAUCAGAAGAUAUAGAAUCAAGUUCAGUUGAUAAGGCCCAUCUACGGCUUGCUUCUGCUAAGGCAAUUAUCCGUUUAUCUAAGCAAUGGGAUCAUAAGAUACCUGUUAAUGUGUUCCACUUAACCUUAAGGACACCUGAGAUUGCUUUCUCUGAAGCUAGGAAACUAUUUCUGAGUAAAGUUCAUCACUAUAUAAAAGACCGCCUUCUGGAUGUGAAGUAUGCUUGUGCGUUCUUAUUUAAUUUAAAUGGAAUUAAGCCCCUUGAUUUUGAAGAGGAGAAGCAAAAUCUUGUUGAUAUUAUUCAAAUGCAUUACCAAACAAAGUCACGCCAACUGUCUGUACAAAGUGAUGUAAAUCUCUCUGCAUCAUACCCUGAAGACCUUCUACCAUAUUUGGUCCAUGCCCUUGCUCAUCAUUCAUUUCCUAACAUAGAUGAAUGCAAGGAUGUUAAAGCAUACGAACCAAUUUACCGGCAACUGCACUUGAUUCUUUCCAUUCUCGUGCAUAAAGAUGAAGAAGUCAAGUCAGAGCCUACCACAAACAAGGAGAUGGAGAUAACAUCUGCAAUAGUUUCUAUUUUUCGAAGUAUCAAGCGUUCAGAAGAUGUCGUCGACGCUGCAAAGUCAAAGAAUUCACAUGCAAUCUCUGAACUUGGGUUGUCAAUCACCAAGCGCUUGUCUCAAAAGGAGGAAGAUAUGCAAAUGUUGUCUGCAUCAGCUCCCUUGCCUCCUAUGCUUUACAAAUUAUAUGAGAAGAAAGAAGGGGAUGAUUCUCUGGAAACUGAAGGCAAAACAUGGUUGGCUGAUGAGAAUGUCGUUGCUCAAUUGGAAUUGCUCAAGUUGGAAAGUGAUGGCAAAAUUAAAUCUGAUAUUAUUGAAGACGAGGUUCUAAAAGACAGUGAUAAAGAAGCAAGUGAGGUGCCUCUUGGUAAGAUGUUAAAACAGUUAAAAUCACAGGGCGCCAAGGGUGGAAAAGCUAAAAAGAACAAGCCUUUAACAGCCAAAACAAAAAAUGCUGAAAAUGAUGUUGAUGUUUUGAAGAUGGUGAGAGAAAUCAAUUUGGAUAAUCUGGGGCUAUCUAGCAAGUUUGAGGCAAGCAAUGGUCACAAACAUUUCCCAAAUGAGAAAAAAGAGUUGGAGCCAGAGCAUCAAAAAGUUAAAAAGCGAAAGGCUACUGACAUAGAAUCUGUUCCGGUACCUAAACGCCGAAGAUCAACUACUCAUAGACUAUCUCCGGGGAAUUUAAAAGCUUCUUUAAGUGCUUCAGGGGAUGAUACAAGCCCUGAUUCUAAGGGAAAAAAGGCUACCCCAAAACGAACAGCGCAAAGCUUCAAGUCCGACUUAUUGGCAUCAUGCAUUGGAAAUAAUUUAGGUUUCACGUCGAGAUAUAAAGGUAAAAGCUCUGCUCUUGAUCACAAUAGCAGGGAAGUUGAAGUUGAAGAAAAUGAUGAUAAUUUGGAGAAGUCAAUUGCGUUAGGGGACACUGAUAAGAAUGACUCAAAGUCUUUGACUGGAAGCAUGAAGAAACGAAAAAGAAGAAGUGUUGCCGGGUUGGCGAAGUGCACAACCAAGAAAAGUGGAGUUGAUAUUGAAGAAAUAAAUGGUUAUAGAAUAAAAGUUUGGUGGCCCAUGGAUAAGAAGUUUUAUGAAGGCACAAUUAAGUCUUAUGAUCCUAUCAAAAGGAAACAUGUGAUACUAUAUGAUGAUGGAGAUAUAGAAGUACUCCGUUUAGAAAAAGAACGCUGGGAGUUAGCUGACAAUGGACGCAAACCAAUGAAGAUGUCAAAAUCAUUGAAAUCUCCCCCGUCAACUAAAAUGUCCCCUGCACUGAAAAAUAGUUCUGGCAAUUUGAGUCGGAGUAAGGAAUUAGAAAAGAUUGUUAAACGGAAAAGAACUCCUAAGAAAAACUCAAAGCACAUACAGAAAGAACUGGAGGAUAAGGAAGACACUGAUGUACCCAAUUUUGAAUCCACCAAGGAAUCUAAAGAAGAUGAAGAAACACUAGGUGAUUCUCAAGGGGAUGAUUCUGAUAAAGAAGUGGCAUCAGUUUCUGGAGGAAAAGACUUGGGCGAUGCACUGGAGAACAAAAAAGGAUCAGAGGAAUCCGAUGGGAAAGUGAAAUCCAAUUCUGAAGAUAAAGUUUUUGGAGAUGCUGAUAAUCAGCCGGAAGAUGCUCAAGUUGAUGAUGCAGUAGAGGAAUCCCAUUCAGAAGGAGAAGAAGAUGAAUUAACACGAGAGGAAGUUAAUAAGCACAAAUCAGACUCUGAAGGGGAUCAAGAUGCAGAGGAAGUUAAUAAAGACAAGUCAGACUCGGAAGGGGAUCAAGAUGCAGAGGAAGUUAAUGAAGACAAGUCAGACUCGGAAGCGGAGCAAGAUGCAAAGGAAGUGAAUAAAGACAGAUCAGACUCUGAAGAUGCAAUGGCAAUUGAUAAAGAAGAAUCAGACACUGAAACGGAUGAAGAUGCAAAAGCCAUCUCAACUACGAGAAAUUCCAAAAAACUUCGAGAAGAAUCAGAAUCAUCCGAUGCAGGCAGUCCUGAACUAUCUGAUGAUGAGCCCCUCAGCAAUUGGAAACAUAAAGUACGGAAAUCAGCAUCAAGAAGGGGAGCAAGAUAAGCGGUGGAGAGGGAGAAGACAAAGCUGGGGAGAUUGUAAUGCUUUUUGUUUAGUCGGUUUACCCGGCAGAGGAUGGAAGGAAUUGAAUGUUGUAAACAUGGUAAUAAAUUUAUUAAACCAGGUCAGAUAUGAAUGUAAAGCCACAAUAGGGAUAGGUGUGUGAAUCUCAUGUGAUGUAAUAUUGCUGGACUAAUGGCAGUAGAGCCCAGGAUUGGGUUAGUGUAGUCUUAUCUUUCUAACCACCAAAGUUGAUAAAUAGAUAGGUGAGAUGUACAGUUAUAAAUUUGGGGAUAGUGUUGUAUGUUAGCAUAUUCAUGUUUGAUUUUUAACACUCGGCAGAGGUGAAGAUGAACUGUAGCUUCUUUCAUUA